AUGGCGACUGGGAUGUUAAGUUUGGGCCCUCGCCUCCUUUUGGCUGCAACGGCCAUGCGAAGACUCCCGGCUGUCUGGGUUCGUUGGAAAUCCGGCUCCCCCAGGGCUGUGGUCACCCCAACUGAGGUGGCAGGAAGGAGUGUGCCAGCACCAACUAUACAUAGUCAGGAGGACCCGGAUCCCGAGGGAGAAAACUUCUAUGAGAAGAACCCAAAUACUCAUGGCUAUGACAAGGAUCCUGUUGUAGACAUCUGGAACAUGCGAGUAGUCUUCUUCUUUGGCUUCUCCAUCGUCCUGGUCUUUGGUACCACAUUUCUAGCUUACCUACCUGACUACAGGAUGCAGGAGUGGUCCCAUCGUGAAGCUGAGAGGCUUGUGAAAUACCGAGAAACCAACGGCCUCCCUGUGAUGGAAUCCAACUACUUUGACGCCAACAAGAUCCAGCUGCCAGAGGUUGAAGACUAACUGAUU